GCGAAUGGGCGUGGCUCCACUCCGAGGAGUUUUUUCUGAUUGGCUGAGACGUUUUCGAGGGGCGCGGUCCCCCCCCCCCUGCCUGCCCCCCUCUCCCGGCUGUCCUUAUAAAAACCGUCUAGAGGGGGGGCCGGUUUCGUCUUCAUCGUUCAAGUGUGCGCCGCACGCGAGGAUUGGAGGACUUCUUACCCCAUUUCCCCCUCCCCCUCCGUCUUGUAAUGUUUUUGAUAACUUUUGGAAGGUUUUUCUAACGCCGCAUUUGCUACAAAAAAAAGCAACAUAAAAAAAAGAGGACGACGGACAGCUGCCUGUCUCCCCAGCACCUCCGCCAUCAUGAUGUCGAUGAACAGCAAGCAGCCGUUCAGCAUGCACCCCAUCCUGCACGAGCCCAAGUACACGCCGCUGCACUCCAGCUCGGAGGCCAUCCGCCGGGCCUGCCUCCCCACGCCGUCGCUCCAGGGCAACAUCUUCGCCGGCUUCGACGAGACCCUCCUGCAGCGGGCCGAGGCGCUGGCGGCGGUGGACAUCGUGACCCAGAAGAGCCACCCGUUCAAGCCGGACGCCACGUACCACACCAUGACCACCAUGACCAGCAUGACGUGCACGCCCACGUCGUCGUCGGCGCACCUGCACCACCCGUCCGUGCUGACUUCGCACCACCACCCGGCGCACCACCACCAGCCGGCGCAGGGCCUGGAGGGCGACCUGCUGGAGCACCUGACGCCCGGCAUCUCGCUGGGCGGCAUGGCGGGUUCGGACGUGUGCUCCACGGCGUCGCACAUGAGCGCCAUCAACCACAUGCAGCACCACCACCACCACCAUCACCACCACGCGCAGUCGGUCAACAUGCACGCGCACGGCCUGGGCUCGCACGGCUCCCUCGGGGGCGGCGCGUCGGGGGUGGUGGUCGGCGGCGGCGGCGGCGGAGGAGGCGGGGGCCCGGCGGGCGGCGACGCCGAGCCCGACCCCCGGGAGCUGGAGUCGUUCGCGGAGCGCUUCAAGCAGCGGCGCAUCAAGCUCGGCGUGACGCAGGCGGACGUGGGCGCGGCGUUGGCCAACCUCAAGAUCCCCGGCGUGGGCUGCCUGAGCCAGAGCACCAUCUGCAGGUUCGAGUCCCUGACGCUGUCGCACAACAACAUGGUGGCGCUCAAGCCCAUCCUGGAGGCCUGGCUGGAGGAGGCGGAGCGGGCGCAGCGGGAGAAGAUGGCUAAGCCGGAGAUCUUCAACGGCGGCGACAAGAAGCGCAAGCGCACGUCCAUCGCGGCUCCGGAGAAGCGCUCGCUGGAGGCCUACUUCGCCGUGCAGCCGCGGCCUUCGUCCGAGAAGAUCGCGGCCAUCGCCGAGAAGCUGGACCUCAAAAAGAACGUGGUGCGGGUGUGGUUCUGCAACCAGAGGCAGAAACAGAAGCGCAUGAAGUUCUCGGCCACGCACUAAUAAUACCUACUUGUACAGUACAGUAUAUAUUUA